CACACAGUGUCAGCAGAGUUGAGGUCAGUGGAGGAGUCUGUUUCUUCGGCAGCAGGAUGAAGAUUCUCCAGUUUCUGGUUCUGCUACUGGGUUCUCUGCAGACCUCAGAGUGUGUGCAGUGUUUUGCACAUUUUUCUCUGACCUCAGGUCAGUGCGCUCAGGAGCUCGGUGAAAUGGACGAGGACGACUGCUGUCAGAACCCUCAGUACGGCUACCUGGCAACAGGUGGAUUGUGUCAGUCUUGUGGUCCUCCUGUGUGGUCUCCCUGGUCGCCAUGGUCACAGUGUACUGUGCUCUGUGGGGACGGAGUGAGACAGAGACGGAGGACAUGUUUUGGCGUCGGCCAAUCAGAGUGUGACAAUGCUGCGGACAAACUGCAGACGGAACCAUGCAGUGGCACCUGCUGCGACGCAAAGGGGUGGGGCUUGUGGGGCACCUGGUCACCCUGCUCGGUCACCUGUGGAGGGGGCGGAGUCAGGAAAAGGGUGAGACUCUGCUCCAGUUCUUCUGAGUGUCGCUCAGCCUGUAUUGGUUCUUCAGAGGAGACAGACACCUGUCCAGCACAUGAGACUUGUCCAGUCCACGGAGGUUGGUCAGACUGGUCCAGUUGGUCUGAAUGUUCUAGUUUGUGUAUCGAUGACCAGCGCGAUGAUGUCAUUGUCCCCUCCAAAGUGCGAUAUCGGUCGUGCUCUAGCCCCGCCCCCUCCAGUGACACGGCAUCCCCUGGCAAUGGUUGCCCUGGCGACAACUCGCAGACGGAGUUCUGCAGCGAGCUUCCGAACUGUCCCGUGGAUGGGAGCUGGGGGGCGUGGUCUCCGCCUGGUCCGUGUUCCAGCUCCUGUGGGGAGGGGCUUCAGCUGUCAACCAGGACCUGUGAUAGCCCCGCCCCAAUAUAUGGUGGUAAAUUUUGUGAUGGAACAAACGUUCAGACAAGGGUCUGUCAGAGUCCCUGUACAGUUGACGGGUUCUGGUCUGGUUGGUCCACCUGGGGUGAGUGCUCGUCUUCUUGUAUCCCACGAGGCCGAGUACCCGUCAGGACUCGAUACCGAUCCUGCUCGAACCCGGCCCCCUCAACCAGGCCACCCGGCAAAGCUUGCCAAGGCGACAAGCACCAGAAAGAGGACUGCAAUCACACACCUCACUGCCCAGUGGACGGGGGAUGGGGGUCUUGGUCUCCCUUCACUUCAUGUCCUGUCACAUGUGGGGUGGGGCUUCAGCUGUCAGACAGGACAUGUGACAGCCCUGCUGCUCAACAUGGCGGCCUGCCGUGUCCUGGAGAGAGACGUCGAACCAGCAUCUGUACAACCAAUGUCCACUGUCCAGUGGACGGUGUGUGGUCAGAGUGGUCACCGUGGAGCCAAUGUAAAUUUCCGUUUGGUGAGCGGGACAUCCGCUGCAAGCAGCUGGGCGGGAGUCAAACCCGUGAGCGCCUGUGUCUCCACCGAGCUCAUAACGGGUCCAUCUGCAGCGGAGACACUUUGACUGACAGGCGGGUCUGCUAUGAUGUCAGCAAAUGUUACAUGAAGGGCAGCUGGGAAGGUUGGGAGCCGUGGAGUCUGUGUACUCCGUCCUGUGGAGAGCCGUCCAGACGCUUCAGGAGGAGAUUCUGUAAACCUGAUUUCAGCGGCUACAGUCCGACCAUCGGCCGUCAGAGGGAGCAGGCCACGUUCUUUGGGACACCGCGUGCCGACUGUGCCUGGGUGCCGGAAGACGGUCCAAAGUCCGAGAUCCAGCCCUGUGUCAACGUCCCCCCCUGCCCCCCCCCACGUAUGACAUCCUCGCCACCAUAAACCUGUAAUCCCGCUGAUCCCUUUGUUCAUGUUAACUCGUUAUUUGAUGAUGUAACUAGAAUCCCCUCCUGUGGUUGUUUAACUCACAUACCAAACCUACAAAGAUAUGAUUACAUAGUGGGUCAUAUCUUCUAUGUUAUCCAGAAAACAAUGUUCAAAUAGGUCAGGUGAAAAAGCAGCACUGUGUGUCAUGAUAAUCUUUAGGAAGUAUUCAUUUGUAUCUACGCAAUCUGCUUUAAUGUGUGUAUCAUAAAAACACAAUAGAUUUCAUAAAGACACAGAUAAAUAUCA